CGCGGCGCCGGCGGGCCCAUGGCGUCCCCGGGUGGUGGCUCCCUUGGCCUCUUGCUCUGGCUCCUGCUCUUCCAGCCGCGGCUUGGUGGGGCGCAGGGCGAGUCGGCGCCGUCCCCACCCUCCCCGUCCCCCUCGGGGGGCGGCCGCGAGGACCGCCGCGAGAGCGUGUCGAGGGUUGGGGGAUCUUCUGCGACCCCCGUGCCCCAAGAGGCUGCCGCUUCCCCACAGGUGGCAGCGGUCACCCCCGUUGACCCUGGUUCCUACAGGGCUGCGGCCAUUCCUCAGCCAGCAGCAAGGUCGCUGUUUCCUGCAGGAUGCGGCCACAGGUCUAUGAGGAUAGUUGGUGGAAUACCCGCCCCAGAGAGGAAGUGGCCCUGGCAGGUGAGCCUGCAGAUCAAGGAUAAACACACGUGCGGAGGCUCCCUCAUUGCCAGCCGGUGGGUGCUGACCGCUGCCCACUGCAUAUUUGGCCACGUGGAGUACACCGUGAAGAUGGGAGACAUCCACGUGAACCAUACCUCCAGGAUGGCCAUCCAGGUGCCGGUCCGGGACAUCGUUGUCCACAAAUAUUACAGUCCUGUUGGAAGCAUUGAGAAUGACAUUGCCCUCAUCCUGCUGGAGUUCCCUGUGAAUUUUUCCUCGCACAUCCGGCCCGUGUGCCUCCCUGAAAAGAUGUUCAUGGUGGAAGCUGGUAUGGAGUGCUGGGUGACCGGAUGGGGAAAACGAAAAGAAACAGAUAAACCCGAAGAUGCUCCGGAACAACUUCAGGAGGCCAAGCUAAACAUUGUACGUUACGAGGAGUGCAAUAGGGCACUCAAGGAACAGAUGGAAAGUGGUAGUGACCUAGUGAAAAAAGGGGCUGUCUGUGCUUACAGUUCCCGAGGAAAGGACACCUGCCAGGGAGAUUCUGGGGGCCCCAUGGCCUGUGAAUUUAAUGAAACAUGGGUCCAGGUGGGGAUUGUGAGCUGGGGCUUUGGCUGUGGUCGCAGAAAUUUUCCCGGAGUUUAUACAGAAGUUAGUUUCUACAAGGACUGGGUCAUUGAUCACUUGAGUCAGGCUUGCUGUUGGGACUCAGCAGACUUCUUCAUAGUUCUGUGCGUGGUGCUGCCCCUGGGCAUCCUGGUGGCCCCGUGAUCACCCCCGCCCACUCCCCUCCUGUUUCUGACUCUUACCCGAGGCCCCUCCUCCUCAUUGCCCUUUCCUCCAAUGCUGGUUGGGAUCCACUGACCCUGUAGAGAGCUACCCAGUAGAGAGUGGCAGUAAGCCCAGAGCCCUGAAAGUGUCCCAGCCUGAUGCCCCAGUCACCUGCCUCGGCCACACCCACACCUUGGCUGUGCUCUGCCUGCCGGGAAGGAGGCAGCCGACCUGCCAGGUAGAGCCCGGUGCUUCCCUGAUGCCUUGGAGAGCCUCUACCAAAGAAGAGACCUCGUGAGCAGUGAGACAGCAUUCGACCUGGCUGUGGCCUCAGGCUUUCACCUGAGAGUGAGCUUGGUGAUUGUGCAGAGAGAGCCAGGCGGUGUCACCACGGCCCUGCUGAGGUCUGAGGCCUGGGGGUUCCACAUCUGACCCAGGUGUCUGGGACUGGGCGAAGUUCCCCCCUACCCAGUGCGGAUCCACCUGGAUCCUGCUGGGGCAGCCCCGCGAUGGGGCCCCCUUUCUUGAGUACCCAGUGGCCACAUCCAGGCUCACCCCAAGUCGUGCGGAGACAUUAAGGAGUGUGGAGAUCUUAGAUGUCAAUGAAUAAACAUUUGCGGUGCAUUCUUA